AUGGAUCUCGUCGACGGCUCAUUCGACCCGACCUUUGUCAAAUGGGUCAAGACCACCGAAACGGCCCUGGCCGAGGCCCAGACGAAGAAAGGACAGCUUGCCACCGACCAUCCUGACAAGGACACCGUCAACUCAACCUUCAUGAUCCGAGCACUCGGAAAGGCCAUGAUCACGCCUGGCCUAUCCCCUGCUGGCAACUUUAUUCGAAUGGCCUGCGGAAGUGACUACCCCUUCCCGAAUUCCAAGCUUGUCGAGGACUAUAUGAUGGCUCACCCCAUCACCACUGUCGAAACACCUUACCCACCCUGCACUGUUCCUGAGAAGGACCUCAAGCCGAUCAGCAUCUCCGAGAUGCGCCUCGAAACUCACCAUUGGGGAUCAAAGGUCCUCCUGCACAAGAUGUCGUCUACCGACCGUCAUGAGGCUGUCAUGUUCAUCGCUGAGGAUCAGGCGGGUAGAGCUGUUUUGCUCAAGCUGUAUCACCAGCCCUUGGAGAAGGAGAUAUCCUGCAAUACGACAAUGUUGGACUAUCGUGUUUGCAUCGUCAAGAACCCUUUCUUUCAGCUGAUUAAUGACACCAUCUCCCCAAACUUCUCUCAGAUCCCCCAGUCUUACUACUCACUGAGAGUCGAUCAUCCCGGCGAUAUCGUUCCCCUGCGUCAUGGCGAUGGACGAAUCCCCGAGACAUGGAAGGUUGAUCCAUGCCGAGAUGACAAGACCAGUCAGGGUUACCGCGAUGACGGCAACAAGGCCUUUCGCAAGAAGAAUUGGGCAACAGCUCACCACUCGUACUCCGAAGCCCUCGAUGUCGCCGAGACUCCCGAAGAAAAGCAGUUGGCCCACCUCAACCGCGCGCUCACCAACCUCAAGCUUGGCCGACCCGCCGAAGCACUGUUGGAUGCAACUCAGGCUUACGAUCCCGAAGCGCCUACCGAAAAGGCUUUGUUCCGUUCUGCCACUGCCCUCUACAAACUCAACCGGUUCGAGGAUUGCGAAGCCAUGCUCAUCGACAUCCUGGACAAGUUUCCCGACAGCAAGGCGGCCGAGACGACUCUUCUGUCCGUAAAGACACGACUGACGGAGCAGCACACUGGCAAGUACAACUUCAAGAAGAUGUAUGAGGCAGCCAAGGCAGCAAAGGGUGCUCCCCUGAUUGAUUGCGCCACCUACUCGAAGCCUGUUGAGAUUCGGGAGUCGCCUGGUCGUGGGCGCGGUCUGUUCACCACCAAGGCUGUCAAGGCCGGCGACUUGCUCCUCAUUGAGAAGGCUUUUGAGUAUUCAUUCAUCGACGAGACUCGAGUGAUGGACAAAUGUACCCACAUGGUCAACUUCAAUACCAAGCGCCUGACGUCUGGUGCAUCGGCGAAUCUCUGGCCCAAGGUUGUUCAGAAGCUGUACCAUGAUCCGGAAGCUCUCUCUGCCUUUACUGAUCUUCACCAUGGGAAGUACAAACCAGUGGCGGCUACCGAGGCGGAUGGACGUCCUGUUGUCGAUGCCUUUCUUGUCGAGAAGAUCCUUUCUCUCAAUUCAUUCGGUGCCCCGCGAUCCACUCGCGACUUCUGUGGCAACAAUGUCUGGAGCGGCAACCCUGCCCCCGAAGUCUGCGCCUCAACCCGCGAGAAGCCUCUCUUCACCUCCGUCGGCGUCUGGCUUCUGGCUGCUCGCAUCAACCACUCUUGUGUCGGCAACUGUCGCCGCUCGUUCAUAGGCGACAUGCAAAUCAUCCGGGCUGCUCGAGAUAUCCCGGCCGAUACGGAAUUGACUUUUCCGUACCGACCGUCCACUCACUCGGAGUCGUACCAGGAUGUGCAGAAGGGCUUGGCCAAGUGGGGAUUCAAAUGUGAUUGUGAACUCUGCAAGGACCGACUCAAGACCACCGAGGCUGUUCGCGUCCAGCGUAAGGAGCUCAACGCGGACUUCAACAAGCAGCUGCCUUCCGAUAAACAAUUCGACCUCGACAAGGCCACCAAGCUUCUGCGUGUUGUUGAGAAGACCUACCGCGGCAAAGCCGCUAAGCAGAUUCGUUGGUGCAUCGCAGACCUCUACGCCUACGUUGGAAUCCGCUGUCGUCAGGAUGGAGAGUUUGUAGAAGCUGCCGAAAUGCUCAUCAAGGCACUCGAGACCAUGGGCUUCGUCAUUCUCGCAACUCCUCCCGAUGAUGGUAGUGCCCAGGCUCGUUUCGAAGUCAAGCAGUGGGGAAUGAUGGAACAUCACAUCCCGUGGCUCUUCUUCCAGCUGAUUGAGUGCUACGAGGAGAUCAACCCGUACUUGGUGCCUGUAGCCGAGCACUAUGCUCAGAUCGCGUACUCGAUCAUUGUUGGUGAGAAAGAUUCUAUGUGGGAUGUUAUGCCCGCUACUGGCAGUAAGGCGCCGCGAACCUGA